GGAAUGACAGUGGAGGUGUGUGUUGGGGGAGGGGGUCCAGGUUCAGGGCCAAUGAGAGGCAGCUCUCCCCCCAAGCCCACCACAGCUCACUGGUUGGCUCUCUCUGUCUCCGCAGAUGUCCAUGAAGGAGGUGGGCGACGGCCUGCAGGAUCAGAUGAACUGCAUGAUGGGGGCGCUGCAGGAACUGAAGCUCCUCCAGGUGCAGACAGCCCUGGAACAGCUGGACAUCUCUGGGGGGGCUCCUGCCCCAGGCCGCCCUGCAAGCCCCCGGACACAGCUGGAGCUCCCUCAGUGGGAGGGUGGCAGAGGUCCCGCCAGGCCUGCUGGCCCCUCCCCCUCCAGCCAAGCUUCUCAUGGGAGCAGCGCCAGGUGCCCGUCCCACAGGAGUGUGUGGGGUGGGGAGCCAGCACUCGGACCCAGGACCCAGCCGCCAGAGCUCCAAGGCUGUGCGGAGCAGAGGCCGGAGCUGGUGGAGCCGGAUGACUGGACCUCCACCUUGAUGUCCCGGGGCCGGAAUCGCCAGCCUCUGGUGAUGGGGGACAACGUGUUUGCGGACCUGGUGGGCAACUGGCUAGACUUGCCGGAACUGGAGAAGGGCGGGGAGAAGGGGGAGCCCAGGGAGGCGGGGGAGCCCCAGGGAGAGAGGGGCCAGCCCCGGGAGCUGGGCCGCAGGUUCGCCCUGACCGCCAACAUCUUCCGGAAAUUCCUGCGGAGCGUAAGGCCUGACCGCGACCGGCUGCUGAAGCAGAAGCCAGGCUGGGUGACCCCCUCGGCCUCAGAGCCCCGAGCCGGACGCUUGCAGAGAGUCAAGAAGCGGGGCCAUCCCAAGGGUCCGGGGCAUCUGCCCUUCCCGGUCACGGGGGAGCCCAGGCGAGGGGAGGGCACCUCCACGGGCUGCCCCAAGACCCUGGAAGCCGCGCCCUCCGGCUUUGACGUUAACACCGCUGUUUGGGUCUGAAUCCCGAUGGGGAAAGCGGACCGAACCCUGAACCCUGCGGGGCCCUGGGGAGGAGGCAGCGGCUGGCCUGGCUUUCAGAAGCCCAACUCCAGGUUCCUUUUCCCCAGAAAGGAGAGGAGGCCAGGUGGCCUGUGGUGGGAGAGGCAGAGACGGCUGGCUGG